AUGAUCCAAGCCAAUAAUGGCUACUAUAUCGGUAUCGACGUCGGGACAGGCAGUGCGCGUGCCUGUCUCAUCGACCACAGUGGCGAGAUUGUUGACGUAGCCUCGGAGAACGUUGGACUUUGGCAACCGCAGCAAGAAUACUACGAACAAUCAACCUCGGACAUCUGGCGAUGCAUCUGCUCGGUAGUUCGCCGCACGCUGGACGACAAGAAGAUUUCGCCGGAGCUUGUAUAUGGUAUUGGAUUUGACGCAACUUGUUCCUUAUCACUAUUCUCGUCCAAGACGAACGAGCCCGUCUCUGUCACUGGUCCUGAAUUCACUAGUGAUCGAAAUGUUAUUCUUUGGCUGGAUCACCGCGCGACCAAGGAGACUGAAAUAAUAAAUAACACUGGCCAUAAGGUUUUACGCUACGUUGGAGGAAAGAUGUCGCUGGAGAUGGAGAUACCCAAAAUCCUUUGGCUGAAGAAUAACAUGCCGGAGGCUAUGUUUUCUGACUGCAAGUUCUAUGAUCUUGUCGAUGCUUUGACUCAUAUUGCGACCGGCGGGGAAGUUAGAGGUUUUUCCAGUAUGGUUUGCAAGCAGGGAUACCUACCUAAGGAUGUUGAAGGUAGUGUUACAGGAUGGCAAGAAGACUUCUUGCGGGCAAUUGGAUUGGAGGAAAUAUGCGAUACUUCAUUUGAUUGCCUUGGGGGUAUCAAUGGCAAGAAUGGUCGUCACCUUCAUGCGGGUGAAUUUGCAGGAUUUCUCUGUGAGAAGGCUGCUAAAGAGCUCGGCCUCAGCGCCGGAACUGCGGUUGGAAGUGGUGUUAUCGAUGCAUACGCGGGAUGGAUAGGCACUAUCGGCGCCAAGGUCAAUAUUGACGAGUCAACACUCACGGGUUCGUCAUCAGUUGAGAAAAAAGAAGUAUUUUCGCGCUUGGCUGUCGUCGCUGGAACGUCAACAUGCCACCUUGCUAUGUCUCCUGGUCCAGUUUUUGUUCCCGGUGUCUGGGGCCCAUAUCGAGACACUAUUUUCCCUGGCUACUGGAUGGCUGAAGGUGGCCAGUCUGCCACUGGGCAGCUCCUCAAACAUAUACUUGAGAUGCACCCAGCGUUCGAAGAGACCCGCACAAAGGCAGAGCGUAUCGAGGUAAAUAUAUUCGAACUUCUCAAUACUCGACUUCGCAAUCUAGCAGUGGAACGCAAGGUAUCCUGCGUCGCAGAUCUAGCACGACAUUUCUUCUUCUAUGGAGACUUGUUCGGAAACAGAUCGCCGUUAGCAGACUCAAAAAUGACAGGCUCGAUAGUAGGUUUGUCGACCGACAUAUCUAUCGACGGUCUCGCUAUGCUUUACUACGGCACAUUAGAGUUCAUCGCAUUGCAGACAAAACAGAUCGUUGAUACGAUGAAUGACUCAGGUCACCAAAUCAAGUCUAUCUUUAUGUCGGGAUCGCAGUGCCAAAAUGAAAUAUUGGUUAGCUUGAUUGCCACAGCUUGCAAUAUGCCUGUUGUUGUUCCGCGCUACGUCCAUGCGGCGGUUUGCCAUGGAGCCGCAAUGUUAGGCGUUAAAGCGGCUAGUGCCGAUGCUCAGGGUAAGACAGAAGACUUAUGGGAUGUGAUCAAUCGAAUGAGUCAACCAGGAAAGGCCUUUUACCCUUCCAAGGUUCAGCAUGAAAAUGCGCUACUUGCAGCGAAAUAUAAGGUCUUUAUUGAUCAAUGUCUACGACAACGGGAGUAUCGGGCCAUAGUGGACGGAGCAACCAAAUAG